CUUGAGUUCUUUCUAGUGACUAGACUGAUAAUAACGCCCCGAUAAUUCCUCGAUGCCGUAUAUGUUAUCUAGUUUAUUAAUGGCCUUUGUGUCCUCCAGUUUGCCCUUCGUAUGUUGAUAUAAGUAUUUGAGCAGUUUUCAUCUGCUUUUCAUUAAUGUUGGGUACGUUGUCGUUAAAUACAGUUCACACCAACAAAAUGAUCUCUCUCAAGGGGGUACUUUUCCUCAUAAGUUUGUUGAGCCAAAGUCAGUCUCAGGCAUGGUUUCAUGCUAAGUCUAGCCACCAAGCAAGUCUCUUGAACUUGGACCAGCUUAAAUAUGUCAGUGGAUUGUCAGACAUGCAACGGUUUGAUGUCACAGUUGAUCCAAUUUUGGUGCCACGUGUUGUUGGAACUCCCAAUCAUGCUCGAGUCAGGCAGUACAUCAUGGAUCAAAUGCAAUCCCUUGGUUGGGAUGUUGGAACUGACAAAUUUACUGCUGAUACUCCCCGUCCUCAUGGCAAAAAGACCUUUGAAAAUAUUAUAACAACUUUAGAUUCAAAUGCUCAAAGGCGCUUAGUCCUUGCUUGUCACUAUGAUUCCAAAUAUACCAGAGAUGGAAAUUUCAUUGGUGCUACUGAUUCUGCUGUUCCUUGUGCCAUGAUGAUUACCUUGGCUAAAGAUUUGGCUCCCAAGUUAGAUCAACUCAAGAAAAGUAACAGCCAAGUUACUUUGCAAUUUAUAUUUUUUGAUGGAGAAGAGGCUUUCAAAGACUGGAAUUCUAGGGAUUCAAUUUAUGGGGCUCGUAACCUUGCCAAGAAGUGGGAAAGUACAUCAUAUCCAGCGCAAAACCGUGAUGGAACGAAUGAACUUCACCGAAUGGAUUUGAUGGUUCUAUUGGAUUUACUCGGUGCUCGAAAUCCCAAUUUUUAUAGUUACAUUACUUCUGGUGAUCGUUGGUUCCAACAUUCCGCAAACAUUGAACAGCGACUAAGGGGCGCAAAUUUAUUGUCGACCAACAAUCAGAUCUUUCGUAACGAUUUUGCACCUGGCGGAAUCGAAGAUGAUCACAUUCCAUUCAUGCAAAGAAAAGUUCCUAUUUUGCACUUAAUUACAACCCCUUUUCCGGAUGUUUGGCAUACGAACGGAGACAACAAAUCCGUUCUUGACUAUAACACCAUCGAUGAUCUUAUGAAGAUUCUUCGAGUUUUUGUCGUCGAGUACCUCCAAGUUAAUGUCUGACAAUUUGGGGAAGAUCUAAAGGCUAAUAAUAGUGAGUUGUAGCAAACUUAUCUGUCUAUAUCUAUAUCCAUCCUAACCUAACUUUUCUGAAUUUACUAUACGUGGUAACAUUGGAAAACCUUCUUCAACAACUUCUUUUUCUUCUUCUUCUUUUUCUCAGAUCAAGGUUUCAGUUUGCUGUCUUUGAUCGAUCGAGCACUUCUUUAUUUUUCUAGCCUUUGGUCUUCCGGGAAUUGACAUAUAAAACCCCCCUCCAACAUUUCGAAAGAAUUCAUUCCACAUUUGGGUUAAUUUGUAAAACUCUUUUAACCGCGUAUACUCAGGAGCCCUUGAAAAGGUUUUCUGAUUAUAUAAGUAGAUAUGCAAUUUGAUACCUUAUCGAAAACGCAAAGUGCAACAGUAUUUUAUCCAGAAAAUUUUUUCGCCGUUUUUUUUCGGUCUGGGAUAUAAAUAUAAUACACAAAAGAAAAACAAAUGAA